UAUUUGUUCCCUGUUAUUACACCUCGAGGGAAUGUAGAUUUCACCAAGAGGAUGCCAGCGAGCUCAUGGCAGGUCAUUUGGGACCGUAUAUUAGAUCAAUCCGGCCUCGCAAGGGCGUAUCCGAACGGUAACUUCACUGGGCACUGUUUCAGACGAGGAGCAGCACAGUGGCGUUUCAGCUUCGAUCCUGCGGGUCGGUGGUCGUUUACAAGCCUUACCUGGUGGGGUGGUUGGGUCGAGGGCGAGUCUGUAAGU